GACCAAUGGCGGAACCUUUCUGAGCUAUUUGGAAACAGGAAGAGGGAUUUUGUCGGCGUUGCACAGGUCGGAAGUUCUAUUAGGAGUCACAUUGAAGUUCGCCUUAAACUAUCCAUGAAUUAAAACGAUAAAAGGAUACGUGUAACCAUUCCUAAUGAAUGGUUCAUUCAUGCAACAUCUAAGAUGUUUACUUCAAAGCUGAUACUUCGUCUUGGUCUGCUACAUAGAGUGACAGGAUCACUUCAUGUAGAUGUCAGCCAGUUGAAAACUUCUCUUCCUCGGGUCAUUCCUGCCUGCUGCUCUUUAUUGAAACAGAGAGGCUAUUCUACAGCAGCAGACAACACACCACCUCCACGAUGGGUGCAGCUUGAGCCUGAGCUAGAGGAGGUUUUGGUUCCUCGGAAGCUGUCAGUGAGUCCUCUGGAAAGCUGGCUGUCGCUCCGUUACUCCCUCCCCCCAGCACUGGAGCCUGCUUUGCCCGAGGAGGAGACAGCACUGUUGGAAGAGAAGGUCCUACCCCCAGGGUCUGUCCCAGUUUUGGAGGACGACAGUGAGUCAGCCACACCUCUUAGCUGUAGAAAUGUGUUAAAAAUUCGACGAAGAAAAAUGAACCGACAUAAAUACAAAAAGCUGCUAAAGCGGAGGAAGUUUGUGAGGAGGAAAGUGCUUGAGAGCAGAGGCAAAAGGAAACAGAAAAAGUUUGAAAAUGACCUCAAGAGAAUUUGUAGAAGAGCUGGACUAAAAGCUGCCCCAGAGGGAUGGACCGCACCAAAACUCUUCAUUAAACAACAUGGAAAUAAAUAAGACUGAUUAUUUACGGCAAACAACACCUGCACACACUGUCUGAGGGAAAAGCUAAUUUUAAACGUUUUCCUCACGUCACAUUCUGUAAAAUAUUUUAUGUCAAGGUGUAUAAUGUUGAAUAAACAACUAAUCUAA